AUGUCUUUCCUCUUCGGUGGUCGUCCUCAGCUCUCUUCUGAGCAGAAGAUCGCAGCAGCAGAGACCGAGAUCGAUAUGGUUUCCGACAUGUACAGUCGGUACGCUGCUCCACCCCCCUUUCCCGGCUCUCCAAAAUCUUUCUAUCUGCCACACGAUACCUCCAAUGUUGACUACCGUCAGCCCCGUUCCCGACCAUUCGCCUCACCACCUCAAGUACUUAUGCUAAUGCCGCGUGUGUGUACAGCCUCCUCAAGUCUUGCUCGGCGAAGUGCAUUGACACAUCUUACCGCGAGGCCGAUCUCAACAAGGGCGAGUCCGUCUGCCUCGACCGCUGUGUGUCCAAGUUCUUCGAAGUCAAUGUCAAGGUCAGCGAGAAGAUGCAGGGCGAGGCGCAGGGCAAGCAGGGUGGUGGCCAGGGCAUGUUCGGUGGAGGCAUGUAAGAAGAGAGACUAA